AAGUAUCUCUAUGCCAUGCGGCUCUCCGAUGAAACUCUGAUAGAUAUCAUGACUCGGUUCAAGAAGGAGAUGAAGAAUGGCCUCUCCCGGGAUUUUAAUCCAACAGCCACAGUGAAGAUGUUGCCAACGUUUGUAAGGUCUAUUCCUGAUGGUUCAGAAAAGGGAGAUUUCAUUGCCCUGGAUCUUGGCGGGUCUUCCUUUCGAAUUCUGAGGGUGCAAGUGAAUCAUGAGCAAAACCAGAAUGUUCACAUGGAGUCCGAGAUUUAUGACACCCCGGAGAACAUCGUGCACGGCAGUGGAAGCCAGCUUUUCGAUCACGUCGCCGAGUGCCUGGGAGACUUCAUGGAGAAGAAGAAAAUCAAGGACAAGAAAUUACCUGUGGGAUUCACGUUUUCCUUCCCUUGUCGGCAGUCCAAAAUAGACGAGGCCAUCCUGAUCACCUGGACAAAGAAAUUUAAAGCGAGCGGAGUGGAGGGAAUGGAUGUGGUGAAGCUGCUUAACAAAGCCAUCAAAAAGCGCGGGGACUACGAUGCCAACAUUGUGGCUGUGGUGAACGACACGGUGGGGACCAUGAUGACCUGUGGCUACGACGACCAGCAGUGCGAAGUCGGCCUCAUCAUUGGCACUGGCACCAACGCGUGCUACAUGGAGGAACUGAGGCACAUUGACCUGGUGGAAGGCGACGAGGGCAGGAUGUGCAUCAACACGGAGUGGGGGGCCUUUGGGGACGACGGGUCCCUCGAAGACAUCCGCACCGAGUUCGACCGGGAGAUAGACCGUGGCUCUCUCAACCCUGGGAAGCAGCUGUUUGAGAAGAUGGUGAGUGGCAUGUACUUGGGGGAGCUGGUUCGACUGAUCCUGGUCAAGAUGGCCAAGGAGGGCCUCUUAUUUGAAGGACGGAUCACCCCGGAGCUGCUCACCAGGGGGAAGUUCAAGACCAGUGAUGUGUCAGCCAUUGAAAAGAAUAAGGAAGGCCUCCACAAUGCCAAAGAAAUCCUGACCCGCCUGGGAGUGGAGCCAUCUGAUGACGACUGUAUUUCAGUCCAGCACGUGUGUACCAUUGUCUCAUUUCGCUCUGCCAACCUGGUGGCUGCAACGCUGGGCGCCAUCUUGAACCGCCUUCGAGAUAACAAGGGCACACCCAGGCUGCGGACCACGGUUGGUGUCGACGGGUCUCUUUACAAGACGCACCCACAGUAUUCACGACGUUUCCACAAGACUCUGAGGCGCUUGGUGCCCGACUCCGAUGUGCGCUUCCUCCUCUCGGAGAGCGGCAGCGGGAAGGGGGCCGCCAUGGUCACCGCGGUGGCCUACCGCCUGGCCGAGCAGCACCGGCAGAUCGAGGAGACCCUGGCCCACUUCCGCCUCACCAAGGAUAUGCUGCUGGAGGUGAAGAAGAGAAUGCGGGCCGAGAUGGACAUGGGCCUGAGGAAACAGACGCACGAAAAGGCCGUAGUCAAGAUGCUGCCCUCCUUCGUCCGGAGCACUCCAGACGGGACCGAGCAUGGUGACUUCUUGGCCCUUGAUCUUGGAGGAACGAAUUUCCGUGUCUUACUGGUGAAAAUCCGCAGUGGGAAAAAGAGAACGGUGGAAAUGCACAACAAGAUCUAUGCCAUUCCCAUUGAAAUCAUGCAGGGCACUGGGGAAGAGCUGUUUGACCACAUCGUCUCCUGCAUCUCCGACUUCCUGGACUACAUGGGGAUCAAAGGCCCCAGAAUGCCUCUCGGCUUCACGUUCUCAUUCCCCUGCAAGCAGACGAGCUUGGAUGCGGGAAUCUUGAUCACCUGGACGAAGGGUUUUAAGGCAACCGACUGCGUGGGGCACGAUGUAGCAACCUUACUAAGGGAUGCGAUCAAAAGGAGAGAGGAAUUUGACCUGGACGUGGUGGCUGUGGUCAAUGACACGGUGGGCACCAUGAUGACCUGUGCUUAUGAAGAGCCUACCUGCGAGGUUGGACUCAUCGUAGGGACUGGCAGCAACGCCUGCUACAUGGAAGAAAUGAAGAAUGUCGAGAUGCUGGAGGGGGACGAGGGGCGAAUGUGCAUCAACAUGGAGUGGGGUGCCUUUGGGGACAACGGGUGUCUCGAUGACAUCAGAACUCUCUAUGACAGACUGGUGGAUGAAUAUUCUCUAAACGCUGGAAAACAAAGGUUUGAGAAGAUGAUCAGUGGUAUGUACCUGGGUGAGAUCGUCCGCAACAUCUUGAUCGACUUCACCAAGAAGGGGUUCCUCUUCCGAGGGCAGAUCUCUGAGCCGCUGAAGACUCGUGGCAUUUUUCAGACCAAAUAUCUCUCCCAGAUUGAGAGUGACCGGUUAGCACUGCUCCAGGUCCGGGCCAUCCUCCAGCAGCUGGGCCUGAAUAGCACCUGUGACGACAGUAUCCUCGUCAAGACCGUGUGCGGGGUGGUGUCCAAACGGGCCGCGCAGCUGUGCGGUGCGGGCAUGGCCGCCGUGGUGGACAAGAUCCGCGAGAACAGAGGGCUGGACCAUCUCAGUGUGACUGUGGGGGUGGAUGGAACACUCUACAAGCUUCAUCCGCAGUGA